AAAAGCGUGCAGUGUUCCUCAAAUCACUGGAUGAUGUCACCGGCGAGGAGAAAGGAAUGAUAACUCUGACAUGCGAAGCAUCAAAGCCAAGAGUCUCUCCAGUCUGGAAAAAAGAAGGUAAAGUCCUGAAAGCCGGACCCAAGUACGAGCUCCUGCACACGGGCAAGUCUCUAGGGCUCAUCAUAAAAGACGUGACCAGAGAAGAUGCUGGCGAGUACAGCUGUGACCUCGGUACAGAGGUCUCCAAGUCAAAGGUCAUCGUGAGAGAAAUCGGUAUCGGAAUCACAAAGUGGCUAAAAUCAGCCGAAGUGAACGAAGGAGAGACCUGCAGCUUCGAGUGCAUUCUGUCUCGAGAAAGCAGCGACGACUUCCUGUGGACGAUCAACGGCAAACCUGCGGCAAACGACGGCCGCGUGAAGAUCGCCAAUCAAGGUCGCAAGUACAUGCUGACCGUCAAAGACGUCACCCCCGAUGACGCUGGCGAGGUGGUCUUCAGCAUCAGAGACCUGAGCUCCAAAGCAAAGCUAACAGUCGAAGGAAAAGCGUCGUCCAUAUCAAAAGCGCUUCAGGCCGUUGCUGCCGUUCAAGGCGAAGAUGCAGUUUUCACCUGUGAGGUGACACAGGCCGGUUCUUCUGUGAAGUGGGCCAAAGACGGCAAAGCCAUGAAGACGAGCCAGAAGUAUGAGAUCAGUCAACAGGAUAAGGUCAGGAAGCUGAUCGUUCGCAAUGUGACGACCAAAGACGGCGGCGAAUACAGUUGUGAAGUCGUUGGAGGCGCAACGACCAAAGCCAAGCUGGAGAU